UAGAGAUACAAAAGACAGUUGAUGUUCAUCUUUCUUAUUGACUUUGUAACUCUGCAAAAACAUGGAACUGAAAAGCCUUGUUAACAGUUUCAUAGUUUUGUUGUUCUUGUUUUUUGUUGUGGGCAUCCAAAAUUCUGUGCAGGGUCGCUUGCUGAGUUCAGUCUUGAAACCUCACAGAAACGAUGCACCUGCUUAUGCUCGUUGGUUGGUCUCUCAAAAUUCUUGGGGGGUCUUAAAUACUAUAUCAAGUGACUUGGGAGGAGCACCAUUUGGGAAUGUUGUUUCAUUUAGUGAUGGACUACCUAAUGAAGGUAGUGGUGUCCCAUACUUCUAUUUGACAACUCUUGAUCCUACUGCCAGUAAUGCAUUAAAGGACCAGAGGUCUUCACUAACAAUUAGUGAGUACCCUCUUGGAACUUGUGGCAAAAGAGACCCUGAGAAUCCUGUUUGUGCGAAAAUUACACUCACAGGAAAGUUGGUGGUUCUCGACAAUAAGUCUGAAGAAGCAAAAUUGGCUAAAAGCAACUUGUUCUCAAAGCAUCCAGAGAUGAAGGGUUGGCCUAAGGACCACAACUUCCAGUUCUUCAAAUUAGAGAUGGAAGAUAUAUUUAUGAUUAACUGGUUUGGCGGGCCUAAGCCUCUAACAGUGGAUGAGUACCUGCAUUAUAAACAGAACAACCUUGCCUUGGUUCAAUCAGAUACCAUCUAAUUCCCAAUUCUUAUGCAUGCUUGUGUUGGGCGCAAAUGCCAAGUGUUUGUAACAAAUGAUUAUAUGUAAAUAAACCUGCAGCUAUUGAUGUAUAUUGCUUUAUUUUCAAGUUAUGCCUCAUUGUACUCUCUGAUCAAAUAAUCAGAGAAACAAAAUUGCUGUUUAUUGUUUGACAAUCUUAAACUCCA